AUGCUGUUAAAUGAUGAUGUAAAACCUAUCAUCGAAAAUAAAGAAAUACAUGAAAAUUUGAUUCUAGAUGCAAACCAAAUUGAAUACCAAACUAUAUACAAUAUCUCAACACCUAAUAUUGGGUAUAUCAAAGCAAGAAUAGUUAUUGACAUGAAAUUAAAAAGAAACAAUAGUUUAAAAGAUGAAUACGAUUUAGAGCAAUAAUUUUCUGGUAUCAAAGCUUUUUCUCAUAUUGAUUGUACAAGCCUGUCUCAAGAAAAUAUACAUUUUAUUUGUACUUUAGAUCUACAAGCAAUACAAUAAAACUUCGUUGAGAUAGUAAUAUAAUUAAGAGUUUAGUUUAUUUAUAGAAAUCUGUAAGUUUUUGUAUUACAAUGUUCCUAAAAUUGUGCUCUAUGUUAAUAAGUAGGGGAAGUGUGCUUAAAAUGUAAAGACUAAUAUCAACUCUUUUUGGAUAAUUGCCAAUACAGGAAUGAUUAAAUUGGCGUUGAUUAUUAUAGAUUAAAUUAUUUGGGAAAUGAAUACUAUGGCAAUUAAUAAUAUAUAAGUACUAUAAAUUUAUUGACCACCUCUAUAAAAGAUGUCAACAAUAUCAUCCUAGAUUACAACACAACCAAUAAAACUAAAGAGAUUAUCAUUAAUAAUAUGACCCAUAUAGGACCAUUUAUAUAAAAUGAAGGAAUAGAAUACUAUAAUUUUAACAUUAGUAUUCAUGAACCCAUAUAUAUUCGAAUAGAUUACACUAUCUAUCUUCUAUUCAGUGAUUUUACUUUAUCCAUCAUUUCUUUUUCAAUAAAUGGAUUUGAAGAUGAAAUCUUAUUAACUUAAUCAAAAUUAGAACCUUUAGAAGAUUGUUACACAUCCUAAUAUCCAAAUUGCAAAAUAUACAAAUUCUCAAAAUUGUAUUAUAAUAUAACACAAAUAGAUAAUCUUUAAAUUAAAGGUGCAUUUCCACUACAACAACAAAUAUCAGCAUGGGCUUUAGACAAUAUUAAAGUUUCUUAAAUUGAAAAAUUGUAAUGCCAAUAUAAGAAGUAUCAAUAAGUGUGUUUUAAAUAAUGUCCAGUUGGAACUAAAUCAGUUAACAAUGUUUGCUUGAAUAAAAUUUAAGAGAAAUUUAUUUCUGUGGAUCUUUUUUUGUCCUACUAAAACUACAGUCUUGAAUUUUUAUCAAAUAAUCAUUUCUAUAUAGGGUAUUAUGAAACUUAUUAUAAAUAUGAUAAUAGUCUGUAUCAACUUUUUUAGAGAAAUCUACAGAUAGAAGUUUAAAUUAAGAAAAUAUUACAACUUUCAUUAAAGUUGAUUAUAGUAGAUGCAAAUAUAGGUGAAUAGAUAACCAUCAACUUAGGCAAAUAUACCCUCCAUUAUAAUAUAUCUGAUAUGAAACCUUUAAUGGUAUCGUUAGGAAUUGAUGAACUUCAGGAUUAUGCUAUUGAAAUUGAGAAUAUUAAGUUUGAAUUUGAUAAUCCUAAUGGAUACACUAAACUGCAAAUUAUACGUAAAGGUUGCUUAAAGAUACUCUGUAGUUUUUUACUAUCAGAACUUUUAAUAAUAUCUCCAAAAUGUAACAAUGUUUGUGAUGAAUGUAAUGUGGAAUCCGGAUGCAUUGAACCAACUUCAGAAAGCUAGUAUUGUCCAUAAGGUUAUUAUUAUGCUGACUUCUAGUGCCUAAAGUGUUUUACAAAUUGCGCUAGAUGCACUUAAUAUGAAUUAUGUCUAGAAUGUCAAUAAUAGUUUUAUCUUUUCUAAGGUAGUUGCUAUCAAAAGUUAAAAGAAAAAUAUUAGAGAGCACAUAUGCCUAACAUUGUUUAUAGCAUCCCUGGUUAUUCCCCAAAAUUAAUUUAUACAUAUUGUAUUGAUCAAAAUUAAGUAAGAAAUGUAGAAAAAUGUAUUUGUUAAGAUGGAUAUAUUUUCAAUGAAGUAUUUCAAUGCAUUCCUUGCCAUGAGCAAUGUUAAACUUGCAUUUCAGCUAUAAACCAUUGUUAUUCAUGCAGGUCUCAUGAACAUAGAAAAUUGGAAUCGGGAUAGUGCGUUUGUUAAGAAGGAUAUUUUGAAUAAAGUGAAAAAUAGUUUUGUUCAUAAUGCUUAUCAAAAUGUAAACAAUGCUAAUACAAAUAAUUCAUAUGUACUGAAUGCCAUUUGUCUUAGCAUAGAGUUCUUAAUUAAAAUGAUUGCAUAUGUUAAGACGGGUAUUAUCACGAUUUUAUCAAUGAUAGAUGUUUAAGUAAAUAUUAUUGUUAUUGUAGAAUGUUAAGACUCAUGUAAAAAUUGUAAAGAUUAUGGUACUUGUAUUGCUUGUGAUGAAUUGUAGUUCAGAACAUUGACAUUCCAAAAUUAAUGUAUAUGCAAAUAAGGGUAUUUCUUAAACAAUGAACUUUGUCAAUCUUGUCAUUAUACUUGUCUCGAAUGCAAAGAUUCUUCAGAAUUCAAUAAAUGUACUAAAUGUACAUUAGAAAGGAGAAGAAAAAAUAUUCAAAUGGAUUAUUUUGAAUGUCUUUGUUAAAUUGGAUUUUAUGAUAUCGGAGAAUAAGAAUGUUAUGAUUGUUAGUUAUUUGAUAAUCCACCAAUUGAUCAUUAUUGCUAUACUAAUUGUGGUGAUGGAAUAAUUUAAUGGAAUGAAGAAUGCGAUAAUGGAGUAUCAACUUAAUAUAGCGGAUGCCAUAAAUGUAAAUUACCUUAAUCUAAAUGUUAAAAUGAAAUUUGUUAGAUUUGCAACUAGAAAGAAUGUGUAUAAUGUUAGGAUGGAUAUUAUUUAAAAAGUGAUUAUUCUUGUGAUAAGUGUUCUCCUAUCUGCAAAACUUGUAAAAUCAAUCCAUAUAAUUGCAUUAUUUGCGCUGAUAAUAACCAUCAAUGUUCCAAUUGUCUGCCAAAUUAAGGGUAUAUAUAUCUCGAAAAUUAAUGUCAAAGUAUUUGUGGAGAUGGUUAUAUUACAUUAGAAGAAGAAUGUGAUGAUGGUAAUCUACUUGAUAAUGAUGGAUGCAAUUCCAAUUGUCUAAUUGAACAUUAUUUUAUAUGUGGCAACACUUGUACUAAUAAACCUCCUUGGCAUUUUUAAAUUUAAUAGAACAAAUUUGAUAAGUAUUAUUAAAAUCAAAGGCAAUAUCAUAUCACCAUUAAAAAUUACGAAUCUAAUAUUGAUAAGGAACAAUUAUAAUUAACUUAUGUAAAAACCAAUCAGUAAUAUCCAUCUAAUUGUGGUUAGCUUAAUUAUACAAUAAGUUAAUCAUCUAUGUCAAAAGUUGGCUAUCAAUAAUUUAUCAUCAAACUUCAUCUUUAUCAAUCAUGCAUUGAUUAAUAUCUAAAUAUAGUGCUAUUCAAUGAUAGUACAAUAAUCUAUGAAAAAUAGAUUUAAAUUAUAAAUUAUUUUACCCUCUAAAAUCAAUUCACAACUAUGUUUGAUUAUUUAUUAUACUCAUUUAAUCUGUUGUUGUAUGUUUAUGCAAUAAUCUUCACAGUCAACUUUAUAGUUAUUUAAUCGCACAAAUAUAUUGAAAUCUUGUUUAUCUUUUAAAUGAUAGCUUAUCAAAAACAUUUUGAAAUUUUAACUCCAAAAUAUUUUGAAUCCCUUGUAGAACUAUUUUCCCCCUAUCAAAUGAUUAUAUCUUAACAGCUUGGUAUACAGAAUAUUGAAAAAAGUUAAUAAGAAACGAAUUAAUUCUAAGUACAAGAUAAUAUUGUUAGAUAACUCAUCUUCACAAUUAUUUUAAUCCUUGCUUCUUCCUCAUUGCGUUUAAUCGUAUAUGCUCUCUUUAGAAUUAAUUAAAAUAGACAUCAUAAAUCUAAUAAGAAAUUAGUUUAGAAACUUCAAAGAUAAUUAACCUAUUAAUUGAUUUACUUCCUUAAUUAUUUUAAUUAUUAACUUUAUGGAUGGAUAAUACUCAAUUAAUUUAAUAGUUACAUCUCAAUAUAUAUUGUUUUUGUUAUUAUUUGUCAUAUCAAAAUUUAAAAAUAUUUUAGAAAUUAAUAACCAAUUCGUUUUAUUGUAUUAUUAAAUGCUGCUUAUAUUUUUAUCUUAAUGAUGAUGACAACUAAUAAGAUAUUUUAAUUGCUAUUGACCUCUUUGAUUGUUGGAGUAUUGCUAAUAUUAUCAAUAACUGACAAAACCUGCUUUGAUUUAAAAUAUAAGUUAUUAUUAGGUAAUCUUUGGGGAACCCACUUUGUUUAUCUAAUCUUUGAACUUUACACAUCAACAGUCUAGAAAUAUGAACGAUUGAAUUAAAUUUUGGGAGCAAUACUGAUAAUCAAUUAUUUUAUAAUACUUUUACUAUAGAUGUAUGAAAUAAUAAGGACUUCUCUUAUAAUCACAAGUAUUAUUACUAUAUAUAUAUAGAAAAAUAUUAUUCAAACUUCAAGGAUAAGAAUAAACUUAAAAGUUAAGAUUAACAAUUAUCUGGUGCAAAUGCUUUUUCAAGCUUGUCUUUAAGAUGA